AGGAACUUCCUUGCUGCUGCUGUGUUGGUCUUGACGUGUCGCCUUUCCCAGCUGCCCUAGCACUUCCUGCUUUCGAUCCACGAUCUGUUUACAGUUUCGUUUACACUGGGAUACAUAGUAUGGAGUAGACUGUUUGAACAGUACAGGGAAAAUCUGGUACCGGAGUUUAUUACCUGUCUGGUGUAAAUGUCAGUCGUCCUGCAGUAAAGACGGAUAUCUGCUAAUCAUCGACAAUGCAGCAGCAGGCGCAGCAUUUCUCCCCUACCAACGGAGAUUUUACGUUCGUGUCCUCCACUGACGCUGAAGAGCUCAGCGGUUCAAUCGAAUCUCCAGAUGUUAAAGUGAACGUGGGCGGUGACUCUAAGGAUGCUUCUGCAACUAAAUUCCUGAGACAGAGAGGGUACGGCUGGCUGCUGGAGGUGGAGGAAGAUGACCCUGAGGACACCAAGCCUCUCCUGGAGGAACUCGACAUAGACCUGAAAGACAUUUACUACAAAAUCCGCUGUGUGCUGAUGCCAAUGCCAUCUCUGGGGUUCAACCGGCAGGUGGUGAGGGAUAACCCUGACUUCUGGGGCCCGCUGGCUGUGGUUCUCUUCUUCUCUAUGAUCUCGCUGUAUGGACAGUUCAGGGUAGUGUCCUGGAUAAUAACUAUUUGGAUAUUUGGAUCCUUGACAAUUUUCCUGCUGGCUAGAGUCUUAGGUGGUGAAGUUUCGUAUGGUCAGGUUCUUGGAGUCAUUGGAUAUUCCUUGCUUCCAUUAAUAGUAAUAGCUCCGUUGCUUUUGGUAAUUGGGGGAUUUGAAGUGGUAGCUACGCUGAUAAAGCUGUUCGGUGUGUUUUGGGCUGCGUACAGUGCUGCUUCCUUGCUAGUUGGGGACGAAUUCAAGACCAAGAAGCCACUUCUGAUAUACCCCAUUUUUCUGCUGUACAUCUACUUCCUGUCUCUAUACACUGGGGUUUGAAACAGGAGAGACCUGGUCUGGAACUGCGUAAUAAACUACCAUCAAAUCGGAAAGUGUUAAAUGCAACAGAAAUUUGCUUUACGCCUGCGAGGGUGACCUUGUACAAGAAACAGAUUUGUUUGUUUUUCCUUUUGGUUAACAAAUCAUGGUCAAUAUUGGGUCAUAAAGCAAACGUGUACAGUGUAUGUAAUUAUUAAAUGUAGCCAUGAUCUUUGUACUAAAAUAAAAGUUCUAGGAUUUGUUUAAAAUCUCUUUCAACUCUGAUGAACGAGUGUGUUUGAGACAGAAUUUCAAUUGUCUUUGCAAGGUGCCAGUUAUAAAGUCAUUGGUUAGAUGCAACCAAAACUUUGAAAGCAUCUGUACCCAUUAUGUUUAAUAGGUGAGUUUUUUGAUAACCCUGGUUUAUGUUAGAAAUGCCAUCCAUACGAUUGCUGGGUGGAAUAAUCCCUUUAUAAAACACCUGUGCCAAAAAGCAACAGCUUGGCCGGUGGCAAAAGGUGUGCAGUCUGCUGCACCACAUUCUAAUUGGGAGCAAAUAAUAGUACAGGUUCAAAACCGCUAGACUUUUUGGCAUUUUUAACUUCAAAGUCUAUGCUGCAGUUUUUAUUUUGAGUGUCAAUGGUAUUUCUCUUUUUCAUGUCUCUUAUUACUGCAUUUAAUCUUUUUAUUUAUAAAUGUUGGCCCAGCUAGUUAACGGGAUUUCGAUGAGUUUAUGUAAAGAGGAUAAUGAUUCAUUCUUUUAAAUUGGGUGCCUUUUAUAUAUAUUUAUGUUAGGUGGCUGUUAUAAGAAGAAUAUUUUAUAGAUGUAAAUUUGUAAAAAAAAAAAAAAAAAAAAGAUAAAUUUAUAAAAUGCACAAACUGACGUGCUCCAUUGUUUUACAAUACUGCAAAUAUAGCUAUUGUAUAUUCUUCAGAUGCAUAAAAUAAAUCAAAUAGGGAAUCAAUCAGCCAUAAUUUGUUGUAUUUAUUAACUUCAAAUGAAACUGGAAAACCUUUCAGGAAAGAAUUGAUAGAGAACCCUAAGCACCACUAAGUUAAUGUUUAUUUUCUUCAGUUAUAUGAAAAUGCAGAACUACUGUUCUACAUCUUAGGACCAGAAUGCACUAUUUCAAAUCAGAAAAUAAAACUUUUUUUAUUUACUCGUAUGAAUUUCUACGUGUCUCCAAUGUUCAGCAUACACCCAUUUGUAACAUGUAUUGUUUCCAAUGUUCUUGUAUAUUAAAGAAAACCGUUAUAUGCA